CAAUUGCAAUAUGCAUGAACAUAGAUUAACACAGCGUACCGUUAAUACUUAAUUAAAACACUGGGAUAAUAAUUCUGAAUAUGAAAUAUGCGACGAACAGAUGUACUAACAAACAAUUUCAUUGACGUAUUUAUCUUUCGACGGAUGUAAGCUAGGAAAACCUUUAGGCAUAUGAUCAACGUAAUAAUAGUUCAACCUCGGUUGGCUCAAACUACCGAUCUCUCGAACAAAUUUGCACAGGCCCUCCGAGUUCGAGCGAGAUGAGUGGAUACGUUAUAACCGGAUGAAAACAAAACUUCAAGGCGACCUGAUUAAAUUCUACAGACAAAGGUGUAGUUCAAUACCUCUCUCACCGCUUCUGGAAGAAAUAGAGACACCUUUAGCUGGGUUCUAUGUGAUGCCAGAUUUAGUCGCCGUAAAGCAGAAGUCCCUAACUCGUCAUGAAGAGGAAAGAACUCCGAUAAAGUCUUUGAAAGACCUGUUUUCAACCGGAAAAGGAAAUCAACAAGCAAUUUAUCUAUCAGCUGAUGCAGGUUUUGGAAAAACUGCUUUCUCAAAAUAUCUUGCAAUCACUUGGUGCCAAGCUCAUUGUCGUGAUGAAAACUACCCUCGUUUUAAGGACGACCAGUUAAAGGCGUUAUUUGACUUUAAGUUCUUAUUUUUGGUUUUAUUAAGAGACUGUACCUCUGUUUGUAACAUUGACGAUAUGAUCGAACAACAAAUUACCAAGAAACUACGUCCCUCUGUAUCUCUAGAUGAAGUUUUACGUAGAGAAAAAUGUUUGAUUAUAUUGGACGGUCUUGACGAAUGGACACACCCUGAUAAUAGUUGUGGCGAAGUAACAGAAAAAGUCCCACAUCGGUACGUACCUGAUAAUUGUGUUAUCCUAACGACAACCCGACCGUGGAAGCUCGGAGUUUCAAAUCUCAAAACAAGUCAAAUUAACAAAAAAGUAGAAUUGGUUCAAUUAAGUGCAGAUUCUACGCGGCAACUAAAAGAAAAUGCUAUAAGGAAAAUGACCGGUGUCCAUGACGAUAGAGUAUUGCAGAGUAAAAGACAGGACUUUAAUAAAUUAAUACGUGACCGUCGCUUAGAGCACAUGCAAGUGAUUCCACUCCUCCUCAUGUAUAUAGUUUGCUUAUGGUGCAACAACAUUCCUAUAGGAAAUUCAAAACAUGAAAUUUACAGCAAUAUCAUUGAAUUUCUAUUAUCCAGAACAUCAAAGAAACACCCGGAAGUUCAACCAUCUCGUGAAUCGUCUACUGGUGAAAUUCCAGAAUACUUCAUAAGUCAUGAAUUCUGUAAACAUUUUUACAGUCUUAUAACAUCAUUAGCAGAACUAGCUUAUCAAACAUUAUUUAACGAAAAGAGGGAAAACACGCUUGUAUUUGAUAGAACAGUUGCUGAAAAAUAUCUCAAAGCAGACGACAUGAAAUUAAGUCUACUCUCAGGAAUACUGUCAGAAAGUAGAAGUAAAACUUUAAUCAAAGAAAUUAUCAAAGUAUCGUUUUCUCACAAAACAGUGCAAGAAUUCUUUGCCGCCAUAUUUAUAAAAUCUCAAAGUGACGCUCAGAAAACUGUUGUAGAAAAAUGUAGAAAUGUUCAAGACAUUCUGGACAUGUCAAAAAUUUGUGAAUUUAUAAAUAAAAAGAAUGCUGGCCUGAUGUGUGCAAUAUCAAAUGAUUUGAUGUCUGUGAUAAAUGAAGACAAGGAAACACGCGACUAUAGAACUUGA